AUGUCGCUAAGUAAUCACGUUAAGUCAACAAUCGAGACCGGACAAGAUACUAUUGACUGGGGCCGCGCAUUUGAAAUUAUAGAAAGAUUAAAUAAGUCACACAAAGAUGAUAAAGUUAUUUUCGAUACAAUCAAUCAAGUUUGCAGGAACGGCAACAGAAAGACGAGAUUAAAUGCACUUUCUCUUGUUGAUGGUUUCUUCAAGAAUUGCAACAAGGAUGUUAUCAAGAGACUUGUUCAAAAUCCAAUUGUUCUCGGACUCGCCGAUGAGUUUUAUACACGCGAUCCAGCUUUCCACCGCGCUAUCUGUGGUGUGUCCGCUAACUGGAUGACAAUUGCCAACAAGAAUCAGUGUCUUACUCAACAAUUUAUUGAUUGGCAGAGAAAUGUUUGCUCUUACCACUACAAAUAUGUUAUGACUGAGGCUAUUGUUAACAAGUUUACUACCGAACUCUCCGGAUGCCUUGAACUCCUUAUUAUGUUCAAUAAUGCUAUGCAAACAGCUAUGAACAACCAUGCAACAGCUGACGAUCCCCUCCUUAACGAAAUUCUUCCAAAUAUCCACGAAAUCCAUACCAGAAUUAAAGAAUUAAAGCCAACAAUCAGCAAUAAGUACCUUCUCGAUGUUAUCGCCUACAUUGAACAGUACUGCGUUGCUUGCAAGGAAGCUUUCAGUGAUUUCGCCCAAGUUGGUACAUGCGAUCUUGAAGGAUUGAAGAAAUUAGCCGCAAAGGGCAUUCCACGCCAAAAUGGUGCUCCAGCUCCAGCUCCAACCCCAGCUCCUGCACCAGCACCAGCUCCAGCACCUGCUCCGGCUCCAGAUUUAAUUGAUUUUGGAUAUCCUUCACCAGCACCAGCUCCCGCACCUGCUGCAGCACCAUCGCCAGCAUAUCCAUUAGGAUUCGAUGCCCCGGCUCCAGCACCAGCUCCAGCUCCGACAUAUAACCCAGCUCCAUCUUAUCCACCAGCAUCAGACCCAAUUCCACCAAUAUACAACCCGCAGCCAACCCCACAACCAGCUUACCAGCCUCCAUUAGCCCAGCCAAUUCCACCAGCAACACCAGUACCAAGCUACGACUGGAAACCAGCACAGCCAGAGCCACAGCCAUCGGCAUUCGCUCCACCGCCACAGCAGAGCUACCAGCCACCAAUGCAGCAGGGCUACGGAGUUCCACCUGCUCAAGCUCCGGCAGCAGGAGGAGAUGAGGCUGUUUCAAACGACGAAUUCAUGGAUUUCUUACAAAACAUCGCUACAAAACGCAUGUAA